AUGCUGCGCAUGCGGCCGUCUGAGCUGCUGGCGCUGGAGCUGAUGGGGGUGGGGCUGCAGCAGCAGAAGGGAGAGGGCGUGCAGGCAGUGGCGCGAAAGCCGCAGAAGACCUUGAAGAAGCUGGAGCAGCAGCAGCAGCAACUGCAGCACCAGCAACUGCAGCACCAGCAACUGCAGCAGCAACAACCGCAGCAGCAACAGCUGCAGCAGCAACAACUGCAGCAGCAACAGCUGCAGCACCAGGAACUGCAGCAGCAACAACUGCAGCAGCAACAACUGCAGCAACAGCAACUGCGGCAGCAACAACUGCAGCACCUACAGCUGCAGCAGGAACAACUGCAGCAGCAGCAGCUGCAGCAGCAGCAACUGCAGCAACAACAACUACGUCAACAACAGCUGCAGCAACAGCAACUGCGGCAGCAACAGCUGCAGCACCAACAGCUGCAGCAGCAGCAACAACAGGAGCAACACCUGCAGCAGCAACAGCAACAACAGCAGCAGCAGCAGCAUCCUCAGCAAGCGCAGCAGCAACAGCAGGAGCAACAACUGCAGCAGCAGCAAACAGCACGGGAGCAGCAGAAAGUGCAGCUGCGGCUGCAGCAGGAUGCUUACGGCAGGCAGCAGCGGCUGUUGCUGCUGCAGCAGCACCAGCAACAGCAAACGCAGCAGAAGGAAACCCAAGGCAGCUAUGGGCGACCCUUAGAGCAGCAGCAGCAGCAACAGCAGCAGCAACAGCAGCAGCAGCAGCAGCAGCAGCAGGAGCAACAGCAACAGCAGCAGCAGCAGCAACAGCAACUGCUGCAGCAACAGCUGGCGCAGCAACAAAUGCAGCAAGACAUGCCGCAGCAGCAACAGCAACAGCAGCAAAGUAAUCAACAGCCUGAAGCUCUUCUGCAGCAUGAGCAGCAACAGCAGCAACAGCAACAGCAGCAGCAGCAGCAACAGCAGCAGCAGCUGCUGCUCCGCCCCCUCCCGUGGCCGUCCCUGUGGGCACUCUGCUGCUGGCAGCAGGGGUCGCCGCUAGCAGCAGCAGAACAGCAGCGAAGAAGCAAAAGGCUGUGCUCUGCAGCAGCAGCAGCAGCAGCAGCAGCGGGAGCAACUGCAACAGGAGAUGCUGCUGCUGCUGCAGCAAGUGCUGCUGCUGCUGCUGCCACAGGAAGAAUUAGAGCGCGAAAGCCUCAGAAGACCUUGAAGAAGCUGGAGCAGCAGCAGCAACAACUGCAGCAGCAGCAACUGCAGCACCAGCAACUGCACCAGCAACAACCGCACCAGCACCAACCGCAGCAGCAACAGCUGCAGCAGCAACAACUGCAGCAGCAACAAUCGCAGCAGCAACAACUGCAGCAGCAACAACUGCAGCAACAGCAACUGCAGCAGCAACAGCUGCAGCACCAACGGCUGCAGCAGGAACAACUGCAGCAGCAGCAACUGCAGCAGCAGCAGCUGCAGCAGCAGCAACUGCAGCAACAACAACUGCACCGACAACAAAUGCACCAACAGCAACUGCUGCAGCAACAACUGCAGCACCAACAGCUGCAGCAGCAGCAACAACAGGAGCAACAACUGCAGCACCAACAGCAACAACAGCAGCAGCAGCAGCAUCAUCAGCAAGCGCAGCAGCAACAGCAGGAGCAACAGCUGCAGCAGCAGCAAACAGCACGGGAGCAGCAGAAAGUGCAGCUGCGGCUGCAGCAGGACGCUUACGGCAGGCAGCAGCGGCUGUUGCUGCUGCAGCAGCACCAGCAGCAGCAAACGCAGCAGAAGGAAACCCAAGGCAGCUAUGGGCGGUUGCUGCUGCAGCAGCAGCAGGAUCAGAGCAAGCGGCAGCAGCAACAAGAGCAACAGCAGCAGCAGCAACAGCAACAGCAGCAACAGCAGCAGCAGCAACAGCAGCAGCAGCAGCAGAUGCCGGCUCGGCAGCCACUACCCGACUGGAUAACAAAUCUGCGGAGACACAAGAGACCCUUAGAGCAGCAGCAGCAGCAACAGCAGCAGCAACAGCAGCAGCAGCAGCAGCAGCAGGAGCAACAGCAACAGCAGCAGCAGCAGCAAAAGCAACUGCUGCAGCAACAGCUGGCGCAGCAACAAAUGCAGCAAGACAUGCCGCAGCAGCAACAGCAACAGCAGCAAAGUAAUCAACAGCCUGAAGCUCUUCUGCAGCAUGAGCAGCAACAGCAGCAACAGCAACAGCAGCAGCAGCAGCAACAGCAGCAGCAGCUGCUGCUCCGCCCCCUCCCGUGGCCGUCCCUGUGGGCACUCUGCUGCAGCCAGCAGGGGUCGCCACCAGCAGCAGCAGAACAGCAGCGAAGAAGCAAAAGGCUAUGCUCUGCAGCAGCAGCAGCAGCAGCAGCAGCAGCGGGAGCAACUGCAACAGGAGCUGCUGCUGCUGCUGCAGCAAGUGCUGCUGCUGCUGCCACAGGAAGAAUUAGAGUACGCAGAGACGGCAGCAGCAUCUGCUUCUCUAUUGAUGAAUCUUUGCUGCUGCCGCAGCAGUGCAGCAGCAGCAGCAACAGCAGCAGCAGCAGCAGCAGCAGCAGCAGCAGCAAUGACCUUCUAGCUGCUGCAAUGAAACGGUCCCCAGUGUUUGCUGCCUGCAUGCUAUGGAGCGAACCUCCUCAACUUGCUGCUGCUGCUGCUGCUGCUGCUGCGCGAAGCAGAAGGAAGAGUCGCCGGGGCCGCGACAGCAGCAGCAGCAGCAAAAGCAGAGGGAGCAGCAGCAGCAGCAGCAGCAGUGGGAGCGGCAGCAGCAGUGGCUCGGACAGCAGCAGCGACAGCAGCAGAAACAGCAGCAACAGCAGCAACAGCAGCAGCAACAGCAGCAGCAGCAGCAGCAGCGAAGACGAGGCUACGGCAGGCCUCUCCAUGGCGCAGACUGAGUACAGGAGAGCAGCAAAGGAAUGGGAGCGGCAGCAGCAGUGGCUCGGACAGCAGCAGCGACAGCAGCAGAAACAGCAGCAACAGCAGCAGCAGCAGCAGCAGCAGCAGCGAAGACGAGGCUACGGCAGGCCUCUCCAUGGCGCAGACUGA